CUCUGUAUCGUAGGGCUUCAUAUGGAAGAUGGGGCGCAAAGUAACAUUGGCAACAUGUUCCCUGAACCAGUGGGCAAUGGAUUUUGAAGGGAACAUGACAAGGAUUUUAGAGAGUUUCCGCCAGGCGAAGGCGAAGGGUGCUACUUACAGGUUGGGCCCAGAACUCGAGAUUACAGGCUAUGGCUGUGCUGACCAUUUUUUGGAGAAUGACACGUUCCUACACUCUUUUCAAGUCCUGGCAGAACUGCUUAAUCACAACUCUUGUCAGGAUAUCCUUGCAGAUGUGGGCAUGCCAGUGAUGCACAAGAAUGUGGCUUAUAACUGCAGAGUGUACUUCUACAACAAAAAGAUCCUGCUGAUCCGUCCAAAGACUACUCUAUGUGAUGAUGGAAAUUAUCGGGAAACCCGCUGGUUUUCAUGCUGGGCCAAAAAACAACAGACAGAGGAGUAUUUUUUACCUGGUAUUAUUAGAGACAUAACUGGUCAGAGGUCGGUGCCAUUUGGUGACGGGGUAGUGUCAACUCUGGAUACAUGUAUAGGCAGUGAGAUGUGUGAGGAGCUGUGGGCAGCUUCUAGUAACCACGUUGCCAUGGGACUAGAUGGGGUGGAGAUUAUAACCAACGGCAGCGGGAGUCACCACGAGCUGAGGAAGGCUUACACUCGUGUAGAUCUCAUCACCUCAGCCACCAUGAAGUCUGGUGGCAUCUACCUGUUUGCUAACCAGAUUGGAUGUGAUGGAGACAGACUGUACUACGACGGAUGUGCAAUGAUUGCAAUCAACGGGGACAUUGUUGUCCAAGGACCACAAUUCUCUCUCAGAGAAGUGGUUGUGCUGACUGCGUGCUUGGACCUGGAGGAUGUGCGAGCAUACAGACAUUCCAUCAGAAGUCGCUGUCUACAUGGUUCCAUGGCCCCAGCGUAUCCCAGAGUUCAGUGUGAUGUAGCCUUGUGCAGCCCAGCUGAUGACAUGGGGCUGCCUGUGUACUCCCCUAUACAAUGGCAGUACCACACCGCUGAAGAAGAGAUCAGUUUAGGUCCUGCCUGCUGGCUGUGGGACUACCUGAGGAGGAGUGGGCAGGGAGGGUAUUUCUUACCCCUCAGUGGGGGCAUUGACAGCUCGUCCACAGCCUGUGUUGUGUUCUCCAUGUGCCGCCUAGUCUGUCAGGCAGUACGAGAAGAGGAUAGAAGUGUUUUGGAGGAUAUACGUCGUGUGGUAGGAGACAAGACGUACACCCCUACAGACCCCCAGGAACUGUGUGGCCGUCUGUUCACAACAUGCUACAUGGGCUCAGAAAACAGCUCUCAGGAAACCAAGACUAGGGCUACAAACCUGGCCCAGCAGAUUGGCAGUUAUCACCUCAACAUUUGCAUAGACGUUGCUGUCGCAGCCACUCUCAGUAUUUUUACCACUGCCAUGAAGUGCAUGCCAAAGUUUAAAGCAAAGGGAGGAACCCUACGAGAAAAUUUAGCAAUGCAAAAUGUUCAGGCCCGUCUGAGGAUGGUACUGGCCUACCUGUUUGCACAGCUGGUGUUAUGGGCACGAGGUCGCUCAGGGGGACUUCUUGUGCUGGGAUCGGCUAAUGUUGAUGAAAGCCUGCGUGGGUACAUGACAAAGUACGACUGUUCUAGCGCAGAUGUCAACCCCAUAGGAGGUAUCAGUAAAACAGAUCUGCGAAGCUUUAUCAAGUUUUGUUCCAAGAAGUUUGGACUGACAGCUUUAGAAGGGAUUUACGCUGCCCAGCCCACAGCAGAGCUGGAACCUCUAGUGGAAGGGCAGAUAGCACAGACAGAUGAGGAAGACAUGGGCAUGACGUAUGAGGAACUUUCCCAAUAUGGUAAACUGAGACGGCCUUUCAGAUGUGGGCCGUACAGUAUGUUCUGUAAGUUAGUCCAUGCUUGGAGAGAUCGGAUGACUCCAUAUCAGGUUGCAGAUAAGGUGAAGCACUUCUUCAGAUGGUAUUCCAUUAACCGCCACAAAAUGACAGUGCUGACGCCAGCCUAUCAUGCGGAGACGUAUGGCCCAGAUGACAACAGACAUGACCACAGGCAGUUCCUCUAUAACGCCAAAUGGCCCUGGCAGUUUAAAGCCAUAGACAGUCAGGCACAGAAAAUGUCAGAACAGUCUAUAACAGCAAAGAAUCGAGCUCUUCCCACCAGCCACACAGCCUCACAGAAAGGUGCCUUUGGAGGCAGUAGAUCUGGAGACCAAAGCAACAGUAACUUCUCCAACUCUAAUGGACCCAACGCCAGCGGAGUCCUUGUUCCCAUGGCUUUGGGGAGGUCACAAGGUCAGCUCAUGGACACUGAAGUGGGGGACAUUGAAAUGACUAUUAAAGAAAAAGUGGCUCGAAUUGUUAAUGAAGAGAGAUUGUAUACUCAUAUGAAAUUCCUAAAGUGACCUACCUUUGUAUAUGUAUCUCAGUGCCCAUGUUUUCUUUGAGGAUAAGGUAGGUUUCUUAAUAUGUUUAACAAAAAGAAAGGGAAACUUCCAUUCAAAAAGAUGCAUGAAAAGGAACUUUUGAGGCAGAUCAUUACACACAUUUGCUGACCUGUUAGUAUGGCCUUAUCAGUUUUGUAUCGGCUGUAAUUUUGUAAAGAUAUAUUAAAGCUGACAAACUGGACUAUUGUGGCUAUUAUUGUGUUAAAAUGAUUCUAAAGUUACAGUGCGACCCACAUUGUGAAUCCUUUUAGUGAUUUUGAAUGGUAACACAAGGCACAGACAGAGCUGAUGUUUUGUGAAAGGCAAUUAUUUGGGCUUAUCUAAAAUAACAAGGAAAAAGUAAGUUGGAUUUAUACUAAUUAAGAUUUGCCAAAAUUUGUUAUAUAUAAAACUAAUGGACCAAACUUAACAAAGUCUAUUUAAAGGAAAAGACUACUCAAGAUAUUCAUAUAUGUAUUAUUAUUUAAAAAAAACACGUGGUUUGCUGUUUAUUGAAAUCUGAUCUCCAUAUCAUCAGGAUUGGGAUCACAGUUGUUUGUUUUUUCUUUGGCUAAUAUACUAUGCAAAAGAGAGGGAUGCAAUCAUCAUGCAGUUUUCAGUUUUGAACAGGAUAAACUCUCUGAGAGUUAAAGCCCAUCCGCCAUAAACCACCAGAAUAAUGUUUGACGCCCCAACUUUCCAAGAUAUAACGUUUGAUAGCAUCUACCUCACGUGUGAUAUUCGUUUGUUGGAAGUGUGAACUUCGUCCUUAUUUUAUGGAAGACAGUCAGACGUAGUUGUUAUUAAUGAUUUAUUUCCUUUUGAACAUUAGAUUUUAAUGACUGGUCAACUUUUCAGACUUGUUCAUCCACUCAUUUGACAGUUCAUCUAUAUAUCCACAUUGUACAGGUAUAUGGCCUUCAGUAUUUUGACUGUCGCCUUACUAAAGUGCUAUCUACUAAACUACAGGUUAAUCUGAACCAAAUUUGUUUUGAACUUUGAACUGCAGUUACCCGACCAUGAGAGUUCUGUUCAUCUUAAAAGGAUGUUUGAAUGUUUGUUUGGAAAGUAGGAUGACAUCCUAGUGAAAAAAACAGUAAUCUGUUAUGACUUUUAUUUGCAUCUAGAAAUAUUUCUUAGGCUGAUUCUGGAUUUUUAAGAGGAUAUAUACGUAUGUAAAGGUGGCACGGUCUGAUUUUAAAUAAUCUUUCAAAUAAUGUGCGUUGACAAAUGACAGUGUGUUGUGAUGGUGGUGGGUUUGUCUCUUUGGGGUGGGGGAGGGGUGUUGUGUUAUUCUGAAUGUUCUAAUAACUCUGCAGUAAUGUUGGCUGCAAUAUUUUGUUCAAGUCUGUUCAUAUUGAUCUCUGCCAUCGUUCUGGUUCAGCGUUAAUCAAAUGACUUUUAUAAAGAUUAAAUUAUGCAUUUUUUCAAAUUGGAUA